GAAUUACGAGAAAUAUUUCGAUUUAUCGAUCGAGAUAAUGAUGGUACAGUGAGCAGACAAGAAUUUAGUACAUUAAUACGUCUUGUCAGUUCGGAAUAUACAGAUAAUCAAAUUAAAUUAUUAAUGAAUAAAGCAGAUAUGAAUGGUGAUGGUGAAAUGGCUUUUGAUGAAUUUGUUCGUCUUUUAUCCAAUGAAAGUGAUGCACAUGAAGAAGUUUCAGCAACACGUGAAGCAUUUGAAGUAUUCGAUACGGAUAAUGAUGGUUACAUAACGGCGUCAGAAUUACGUCAAGUAAUGACUCGGGUUGGACAUAAUUGUUCAGAAACAGAAGUUCAAGAAAUGCUAUCGGAAGCUGAUCAAGAUGGAGAUGGCAAAGUUACCUAUGAAGAGUUUGUUGCAAUGCUUAAAGAAAAUUCCUCUGAAUGAAAAUUUAUUUUUACCAUCACAUUGAUGUUUCAUUUCAUGUUGACUGUCUCCGGGAAUAUAUUGCUUUUAGCUCAGUCCACAUAAAUAUAUGAUAUGAUAAAAUACAUCUACAUAAAUAUAUACUUAU